UCUCUGCAGUGUAAUAAAGGAGCUGAUGUUGGUUUCACACUGGCAAUCAAACGCAAGAAGCGUGGAAAAGUUGCAGAGGCAGAUUCCGGGAGUAACAGUGAGGAGGAAAAUGAAUGUGAUUCUGUCAUCAAAAAGAUAACAAGAACACGGAGCUCCCAUACUGACAAAGAAACAGCUUUCACAGGAGAUGUAGAGAAUGGUGAAGAGCACCUGUUUAAGACCCACAUGUGCCCCGAAUGUAAACGCUGCUUUAAGAAAAGGACUCACUUGGCUGACCACCUCCACCUGCACUUCCCUGACCCCAACCUGCAGUGCCCGAACUGUCGAAAAUUUUUCACCAGCCGAAGUAAGCUAAAGAUCCACAUGAUGAGAGAGGCGGGUGAAAAGGCCCAUCGCUGCCCAUUGUGUGACUACAGCUCUGUGGAAAAGAACGCCCUUAAUCGUCACAUGGCCAGCAUUCAUGAGGGGGUAUCUAACUUUUAUACAGACACCUACUCCUGCCCUGUGUGCCAGGAGACGUUUAAACUGAGCCAGGCUCUGAAGGAUCACAUGAAGGGACACAAAGCUGAGCAGACGUUGCUUUUUUGCUUUGAUCCUGGAUGCGAUCAGGCUUCGUCCGACCGCAAAGAGUACCUGCGGCACAUGAAGGAGUCUCACGGUAUCCAGGCUGUGGAAUGCAGGUACCAUGCCUGCUCCAUGCUUUUCAAGUCCCGCGAGGAGAUGGAGGAGCACCGUAAGAACCAUUACGCCUUU